CACACACACCCCCACCCCCAGAGCGUAGCUUCUUUCCCCCACUUGUGUCAUUCCACUGGAAUGGACAUAGACAUCUCUGUGCUGUUUACGUCCACGCUCUGGGUCUACUGCUCAACUAUUCAGUUUGCCCAAUUACAGUCAGGACACAGACAAUUAUGAGCAGCGCUCUGGGACCGUUUACUAAAGGAGCUUCCUGGGAGGAACUCAUUCAGGCAAGCAUCCAGUCGUUCGAUGACGAUGGUAAUGUUUGCCACAGCAACCAUCUUCUGAACAUCACCCUCACCAUGCACAGAUUACUACUGUCCUCCAAAGAUCUGCUGGACAAGCUGAUUAUCCUCUUUAAAAAUACACUGGAGGAUGAAAAGUCUGCAGCGUGCCUGAAAAUAUGCUAUUUCAUUCGGUAUUGGAUAAGUGAGUUCUGGACCAUGUUCCAGUUGCACAGCUGUCUGGCAGAAACGGUGGAGCAAUUUAAGGAGCUUAUGAGGGAACAUGGACAGGAGAAUCUCUGCCCUUUACUGCAAACCAAGUGGAUGGGUGACCGAGUGUGGUCUCAGAAAGCCAGUCAGAAAAUCAAGGUAAGAAGCAGCAGAAAGAGGAAAGUGUCAUUGCUCUUCGAUCAUUUGGAGCCAGUGGAGUUAGCAGAACAUCUCACCUACUUGGAGUUCAAAUCUUUCUGCAGGAUAUCUUUUGCAGAUUACCAGAAAUAUAUCCGAAAUGAGUGUUUGUCAGAGAACCCCACGAUGGAGCGUUCCAUUGCACUGUGCAAUGGUAUCUCCCAGUGGGUACAGCUCAUGGUGCUCAGUCGACCGACCUCUCAGCUCCGAGCCGAGGUUUUCACCAAGUUCAUCUAUGUAGCGCAGAACCUCCAGCAGAUGCAGAACUUUAACUCUCUUAUGGCUGUGGUGGGCGGCCUCUGUCACACAUCUAUUUCCCGACUGAAAGACACGUGUACACACGUGCCAAAUGAAACCACCAAGGUUCUGAAUGAAAUGACUGAUCUGCUCUCAUCAUCUCGAAACUACGAGAAUUACAGACAAGCAUACAGCAAAUCUACAGGCUUCAAGAUUCCUAUCUUGGGCGUCCAUCUGAAAGACUUGAUUGCUGUGAACGAGGCCAUGACUGACUACAUGGACAACGGCAAGAUCAAUGUGCAGAAACUUCAGGCCCUCUACAACCACAUAAACGAACUCAUCCAACUGCAGCAGAAUCCACCACUCCUGGAUGCAAACAAAGACUUAGUGCACUUACUGACACUGUCUCUUGACCUAUACUACACCGAGGAUGAAAUCUACGAGCUGUCCUACGCGAGGGAGCCGAGGAACCACAGAGCACCUCCAGCAACUCCUUACAGACCCCCUGUGGUGGUGGACUGGGCUUCAGGCGUUGCUCCCAAGCCAGAUCCCAAAACCAUCAGCAAACACGUUCAGAGAAUGGUCGAUUCUGUAUUUAUGAAUUAUGAUCAUGACGAAAGGGGCUUCAUCUCCCACGAAGACUUUGAGAAAAUUGCUGCGAGCUUCCCUUUCUCAUUCUGUGUUACAGACAAGGACAAAGACGGACUCAUCAGCAGAGACGAGAUCACAGCUUAUUUCAUGCGGGCCAGCGUCAUCUGUUCCAAACUCGGCCUAGGCUUUUCUCACAACUUCCAAGAAACCACAUACAUGAGGCCUACCUUCUGUGACAACUGCUCAGGAUUUUUGUGGGGCGUCAUUAAACAAGGCUACAGAUGCAGAGACUGUGGAAUGAACUGCCACAAAUCCUGCAAGGAUCAAGUAGCAUUCGAGUGUAAAAAGAAUGCCAAACCAAGCAGCAGUGCAGACGGGAGUCCACCUUCUAAUACGCCAGAUACCUCAACACGUGGGCCUGAUGCUUUUUUUUUUUUUGCAGGGUCCGAUGAAACUCGGUUUGUAUAUCCACCUGAUGCUCUAACAGACAACUCUGAGUGCCACAAACAGUUCAGUCCGAGCACAGCACCAAGAACAAUAAUGGUGCACAGAAGUACUCAGACAGAGGGAACUCCAUCAUCCAGCCAUUUGCAGUCAUCUUUGCUGUGUCCAAGCGGUCCCCUCACACCAUGCCCGAGCCCUGUUCCUCAGCGCAAACGAGUCUGUGCCAACAAGACUCACAACACACUUAACCCUGCUGACGAGAACAAGCCCAGCUAUGAAGCUCUAGAGAAGGAAAAUCAGUCCCUACAGACGAGCAAUGAGAGGCUCAAGAGAAAGCUAAAAGAAGCCGAACGUGAGGUGGAGAUCCUAAAAACACUCUUGAAACGGAAUGCACUCCGUCCAGUGGACGAAGAUUCCUCUUCAUCUUCUUGAUCUUGUAAACCUUUUGCUUGUUAAAACCCAAAAUGCAGGACAGCCCUGGCCUCAUGGACUAGUGAUCCACUUUACCCUACUAUAAUCAUGACGUUCAUAAUUCACUUGAACUCAGGGUCACGAAUUCUCUGAACACAUUCAGUUUUAAAGCAGAUUCCUCUGUACAUCUACGUCUAUACAUUCAAUACCACUACUAUACUUAUCUAUUAUUAAUAAUGAUAUGUUAGGUGUGUGAUAUCUGGGGCAUUUCAUUAGUUUUUUGUUUUUUUAAAGUGCAUUUUUAUUUAAACAGCUCUGCUGUUUCAGACUGUAUACCAGUACACACGAGCUACUGCAUCUUCACUUCCUCGCAGUAUAAUGACACUGAUAUCUGUGAAAAGAAGGCAUUGUUGUGCUCAGUUUUCUUUUAAUUAGCUGAUAUAGAACAGAAGGACAGCUGGCAGGUUAGUAACACACCUUAGUAUGUGUAAUACAUACAAUGCCAAGUUUAGUCGCACCUACUUACAGAUAAAUUGUUUCAUAGUUAAUACUAAAUUUAAUUAACCGUGAUAUUUCUGGUGCUAGCAGUCUUAACAAGAUGGAACAGUGAAAACCAUUAAA